AUGUCCAAAAUUUCAACCACACCAACGCCGGCCGGCGGCGACGCGAUCAAUGCCAAUGACAGUCACAAAAAAAAACAAUUGCAGAAAAUAAAGCCGCACGCACACGAGCGCGGCGACGGCAACAGCAGCGACCACUGCUGCAUCAACACGGUGGCGGUGUACGGGCAGGAGAAGUACCUGGUGCUGCGCGAGAUCCCCAUCACGCGCGUGUCCGACCCGCUGCAGCCGCACGAGGUCAACUGCGACGUGGCCUGCCUGGUGUACGACGUGGCCGCCAGCCGCUCCUUCGAGUACAUCGCCAGGAUAUACAUUAAAUACUUCGCCGAGAGUCACAUUCCAGUGCUGAUAGUGGGCACGCGCGGCGAGCCGCUGCCCGCGCGCCAGGAGUACAUCCUGCAGCCCGACGUGUUCUGCUGCAAGUACCAGCUGCUGCCGCCGCAGACCUUCCACGUGCGCGAGAACAAGCACGACGUGUUCGUCAAGCUGGCCACCAUGGCCGCCUUCCCGCAUUUGAAGCACUUCGCCAGCCUCGGCGGGGAUAACUCAUCGUGGUGGAAGGCCGGCAUCGGCGUGGCGGCGGCCACGGUCAUGGGCUUCAUGCUGAUCAAGAUAUUCAGCUUCCAGAGAAGAUAAAUACUCACUGCCACCUUCAUGUCAAAAAGAAUUAUACUAUGUAUUAAUUUCAAACGCAAUAAUUUAUUUCUUAUUUAUGAACCAAAGAAAAAAUAUACAGAGUAUAGAAAAUAAUUUGUUUCCAGAACAAAUUAAAGUACUUAAAAAUAUAGAA